CUACCAUGGCACUAGUAGUUAGUAAUUGACAGUUGAAGACACAACUUAAUUCAAAAUGAAAACUAAAACCGUCGUUAUAUUUUGUGCCCUAGCUUUUGUUACACAGAUAAUCCAGGCUAAUGGAGAACGCGAUCCACGACUUCAGUCGUGUGUCGAAAAAUUUAUUGAACAGGUCGGUAAAUUAAGCUCAAAUAAACUGCCAAGUUGCUAUGACGUAGAAAAAUUAAAACAAGGGAGAAGUGAUAUAGCCGUAUUCGAAGAAUUUUAUAGUCAGCUUCCGUCCAAGUGCAAAAAGCCUAAUAAAGAGAAUAUAGUCGAUUGCUUAAAAAUAAUAGGUCAAAAUAUAAAUUCAAAGAGUGACGAAAUGAAGGCCGCAUUAGUUAACAGCAUUCAUUCAUUUUUCGCAGGAGGGAAACACUGUAUUGAUAAUAUCAAAAACGUAUUCACAAAUUUAGACAAAUACGUAUUAAAUGGCUGUCAAGAAUUAUAAGUUUUUAAACAUUUUGUUGUUAUUAAGAAAUACAUGUGUUAUUAUUUAA